GAAAUACCCAAAUGUCAUCCAACGAUAAAGGUGAUGAUCUGUCUCCUGAGAAGCUUGAUUUGCGCAUCUCAAAUUGUUCGCCAGAGCCUUCUCGAUCUACAGGAUCUGUAGAUUCUUUGCAUCCCUUAACGCAAUCAAGUAAGAUUCAAUCUGAUCCUAGAGUCUCUGAAAAUGAUGAUUCUUCGAGUCAUGGAAUGACAUUCGGCGAUAGCGAAGAUAUAUCCGAUACACAAGAUGGACGUGUCGAUAAGGUCAUUAUGGCGGUCAAUCUUAGAAAUCGUAAAUUAGGAUGCGCAUAUUACAACGUCGCCACUUCUAAGUUAUACCUUAUGGAGGAUGUAGCUGAGUCACCACCAUAUGAUAUGGUGAAUUUAUGUGAGUUAGUUUGCUUGCUUAUCAAAAGAAAAUUAGGUGUAGAUAUCCUUAUUAAAAUUUCCUCAAAAUUAGUGCGAUUUCAAGUUUCACCAUCUAUAAUUCUUGUUAGUUCUCGUGCAGACGAUGCAUUUAUUCAAGCUUUGCAGGCAGAAGAUGGUUCGACUCUUAUUCCCUAUAUUGUAGAGAUACGUCCAGGAUCUGAAUUCAUUUACGCAUCUGCGAAAACAAAAUUAUUUUCCAUUCGUUUGGGCGAUCAAGGGCACGUGCCAUCACAUGCCGAAGCUAGCAAACAAGAGAUAUAUUUACAUUUAUCUAGUAUCGUGAACCUGGAGAGCAUCGAAACAGUAUGCUGUGCUGGGGCUUUGAUUAAUUAUAUUUCAAGGGCUAAAAUAACUGGUGCUUUAUCUGAAGACCUGCAAGUUGGCGUGUUGAGCAUAGAACAAUUUUCUUUGUAA